UGAUACACGAAUAUCUAGAUAUGAUGCGCGCGCCUUGAAUGUGAUAACAACAAAACAAUUCUUGGUGCCGGGUGUGUAUAUGCCAGUGGAAAGAAGAAAGAAUACAGAGAAUAUAGAGAUGAAGAAAAAUAUAGAAAAUGGAGUUAAUAAAAACACUCAUAUAUAAAAUAGUAAUAUAUCAGCUAAUUGCUGUUUAUUAUCCUUUUUAUCAACGCGGGUGAGAUGAGAGAAAAGUUAAUUUCGGCUAAAUUCUAUAAAGGUUAAAAUAUUGACAAGUUCGGAAUAAAUAAGCUUCUAGCGUGGACAAAGUGUUAUUGAUGUUAACAAAUAAGCCACUUAACCUGAUUUGAAGAAAUGUUAUACACGUCGUUUGCUGUCAAGUCAUUUUAUCGAUAAGUAAAAUGUUACUGAUAUCAGUGCGAUGACACGUCUAUGUCCACGUCCCGAAUAUACAAAUAUGUCUACGUGGUGUGAUUAGUGGUAUAAUUAAACUAAUUGCUGUUUCUGAGUAUUUGUUAAAUGAUUGGUGUCGUUUUACUGAAAAUUAAAUAUUUUUAAUUAUUCUCUAAAAGAAGAGAAUCGUUUAAUUUGUGCAAUCAUGUUGAAGGCUGUUAUUUUAAUCGGAGGUCCUUUGAAAGGAACAAGGUUUAGACCUAUAUCUUUGGAUAUUCCAAAGCCAUUGUUUCCAGUUGCUGGUUUACCCAUGAUACAACAUCACAUCGAAGCAUGUGCCAAAGUACCCGAUCUCAAUGAAAUACUGAUAAUUGGAGCGUAUCCUAAGAAUGAUUUAGCUCAGUUUGUACAGGAGAUGUCAAGCACCUAUGGCAUAAUUAUUAGAUACCUGCAAGAAUUCACUCCUCUUGGAACAGCAGGUGGCAUGUAUCAUUUUCGUGAUCAGAUUCGUUCAGGUAGCCCAAUGUACUUUUUCAUCAUGAACGGAGAUGUCUGUGCUGAUUUCCCUCUACUAGAAAUGGUAGAUUUUCAUAAAAAUAAACAGGCAUUGCUCACAAUCAUGGCAACAGAAGCUACUCGACAGCAAUCUUUAAAUUAUGGAUGUAUGGUCUUGGGCAAGGAGGGAGAAGUGGCACAUUAUGUUGAGAAGCCUUCAACAUUUGUGUCGACUCUUAUUAACUGUGGAGUAUACUUUGCGUCUCUUGAAAUCUUUCAAACAAUGGCAGACGUCUUUCAUGCUAACCAGCAACAAGAGCAUAUUAUGCAAUCAUGCUGUAAUGGUAGAGACCCAGCACACAUUUCAUUUGAGCAAGAUAUACUGACGCGUUUGGCAGGAUCUGGGCGAUUGUUCGCCUUGCCCGUAUUUAGAUGGUGGUCGCAAGUAAAAACUGCCGGUUCUGCAAUAUAUGCCAAUCGACAUUAUUUGGCCCUUUACAAGCAGAAACAUCCAAACCGUCUAGCCUCUACGAGUAAUGAUUCUUGCAAUAUUAUAGGAGAUGUAUAUAUUCAUCCAUCCGCUACUGUACAUCCAACUUCUAUUCUAGGUCCUAAUGUGAGUAUAGGUCCAAAUACGACUGUUGGACCUGGUGUAAGAAUCAGAGAGUCAAUCGUAUUAGCUACUGCACAUAUACAGGCCCAUUCUCUGAUUCUACACAGCAUUAUUGGAACAGGUACUAACGUAGGUGAAUGGGCACGUGUUGAAGGGACUCCUUGCGAUCCUAAUCCUAACAAGCCAUUUGCAAAAAUGGAGAACUUGCCAUUAUUUAAUGUAAAUGGCAAACUUAAUCCUUCCAUCACAAUACUUGGUACCAGUGUAAGCUUGGCUGCAGAAAAAUUUUUAUUGAAUUCAAUUGUUCUGCCACAUAAGGAACUUACGAGAAAUUAUAAGAAUGAAAUUAUUCUUUAAUCGCCUAAUUUAUCAUUGUUUAUAAUGAUGUUUAUCAUAUUAAUGAUUAUAUACAUAUUAACACACGAAUCGCACAAAUUAUAAAAUGUUAAG